AUGGCUCCUCUGAUAAUCGAAGGUGAAACUUUAGGACAAAUCCAUCAAAAGUACAACAAAAUAGUCAACGAGACAGAUGAAACCAAAGAAACUGAAAUUACCGAUUUAAACUUCGAAGAUUCCGAUAUCGAUAAUCUGUUUAAAAUCGAUAAAGCGAGCAAGAAUCGGAAUGUUGAUUUUAUUCUUAAAGUUCUGAAAUGCCAUGACAUGCUUUACGUCACUAGAGCCAUUAAGAAAAACACUUGGUUGGUCACCGAAGAACAAUAUGCUAAUAUCAUAAAUCCAGAUCAUUUGUUCAAUGUCCUCAAACAACAGAUGACAAUGAAAGCCUUCAACAAACUUGUAUUACAUAUAAGACUAAACCUCAAAGACGAAAAGCGUGUAGAAGAAUUUUAUAACUAUUACAAAGACAGCGACCUGAAAACAGCAAUGAAAUGGCUGCCUCAUUGUUCUAACUCAUUCAUAGAAAAGGUUUUAGAAAAGCACGCAAACGAUUGCGAAAUAAGUAAUGAUUUGAUUAAAAGACUCUGCGAAAAAUCCAUGUCCUUCCUGGAAAUCUACUGUCGCCACAAUAAACAGUAUUACAAGAGAGAAGCGUUGUUCCAAGCCAUGUUCAUCAUGAAAACCGAUGUCGAUAAAUAUCUGGACAUCAUCGAAGCUAUGCACGCUAAUGACAUGCCUUACUUCAAGGCCAAAUAUACAAAGAUUUUAAUGACAAAAUGUCGAGAGCGUGUCAUGAAAAAUUUGGAAAGAUACUCGAAUUGCAUCGAUUUAGCUACAUUUGCCAAAUGUUUAUCACAAGAGGAGGCACAAGAUUUCAUAUUGAAAAAUGUCAACAACAAAAUACUCUGCGGCUCCUGGGGAGGGAAUGAUAAAGUGAAAUACUUUUUAAGCAGACUGCCAACUGAGAAUAGAUUCGAAUACAUCAAAAAGAUGUUCAUUGACAAGCAAUACAAGAAGGAAGUUUGCGACGAUUUCGUCCCAUACCGAUGCGAUCAAAUGAAUUGUCCUAUUAUGCCUAAUUCAGGUACCUCACAAAAUAUAUACUCCUGGUAUGAAUUUGCUCCCUUCAGUACUGCCUUCACGGAUCUAAAGAAAUUAAUCCGAACGGAAUCGAAUCCGAGUGAGCGGAUCGCGAUCCUGUCAGUGAUACUGACUACAGCUGGUCGUAAUAUGCAAAACAUACACUCACUAUUGAAAUACUACAGAGAGAAUCACAUCAACGAGCCGUUUAAAUUUAAAUUACAGUUUAUAAACACGGUGCUUCGCAAAACGAAUGCUUACAAGUUCGACAAGAAAACUUGGCAUUACUUGAAGGACAUUUUCACCAGCAUGGAGGUUUUCAGUGAAACAGAUAAACAUGUCCAAUCAUGCGUUAUAACGGUGCUGUUGCAUUGUAUUAUCAAUGAUGAAGAAGUACCUAAAGUUAUAGAAGAUAAAUUUGAAUUCGAAACAUUGAGCAAUUACAAAAAUAAUCUUACGAAAGAAGAGAACAUUAAAGUAUUCAACUAUCUGUUCAAUUAUAUGAAUUCUAAGAUACAAAAUAAAGAAAUAAAAACUGAAAAACAAUUCCUUGAAACUUUUGGCAACGUCGAGUAUAUUAUGAAUUUGCUUAAUGAUUGGGAUAAACAUCUGAAAGAUUAUCCGUUGAUACUCGAAAAGAUUAAAGAACUGAUUGAUGUAAGACAAAAGAACACGGAAUGGAAUAUAGACAUUUCAAGUCUCUACCAAAUACAAAAAUCAUGGAAAAAACUUCUUUUCAAAGAAUCGCUGUUACUCUGUCCACAACAAGCAACUGUGGUUAAUACUUUAAAGCAUGACUCCAAGUUGGUGGAAGAGCAUAGAGUUAAAAUCAAUGAACUAUUAAAAGACAAUACAAAUUUGGAUCCGUUUUUCAAAAAGCUUCGUAUUUAUUGGCCGCAUUCCUUAGCGAAAUCAUUCAAGGAAAUGCUUAUGAAUAACCUCAAACAAAAUUAUAACCAUAAACCGUUUAUGACGGGUCUAUUUACUUUAUUGCCACAAAAAGAGGUAACGGAAAUUAUAAAGGAAUAUGUUCCUUCGGAAUCGAAAAUUGAUUGGAGCCAACAUGACGAGGUGCAGCUAAAUAUUCGCAAGUUUCUAGGAAUGUGCCUACACAUUGCAAGACCCCAACCAUCCCUAGAAAUGGCGUUGCUGUACGCUAAAGGGGAUUACUUACAAUACGCGUUGCCAUCCUUAAACGCUAUACUUUACAACAUGAGUAGUGCUGAUGUAGAGAAGAAUCUAGUUAAACUAGUCAACGCUCCGGUAUCCUUACAAAAACACGGUAUCCGAACAGCAAUUCUGAAGCUCAAACACGACGACCUUAAGCAAAUUUUAUCUGAUAUUUGGAAAUCAAAUAAAAAUAGCAGUAUUAGAGCUGACAUAUUUGUGCAGAACUUUAAUAUGCUCUGUAAAGAAAGGAACGAGGACACUAUAAAGAAAAAAUGGGAAUUACUUAAGAUGUUCAUAGAGAACUUAACAGCGGAGGAGGACAAAAAAAUAUAUACUUGUCUGAGUAAAUUUGAAGACGUUCCUAUGUGUAUAAGAGGUGAUUUCUGGAUGAAAGGUUAUGCAUUCCUGAGUUCUUUACCCGUAAAGGCGAACUGCGAAAGUUUAGUCGACCACAUGAUAUACAGCAUGACUGACAUUAUGGUACAGCUAGAUGAUGAUUUCGUUGCGAGCAUCUUCAUGAAUUCCUUUGAAAAAAUGUUUAGUAAACAGUACUAUCCUCAUGCACAAUUCGUCGCCAGCUUCCUUCUAUCUACAAAAACCGAAGAGGCACAGAUGUCUAGAUAUAAAAAACUCCUGUUACCAAUGCUGGAACGUUCAAUUACCGAGUGGGAUAAACAACACGCUAAGGUUUACCACGUACGAAAUAAUACAUACGAAAUCAUCAAAUAUCUGUCCGAUAACUUUGAUAUAGUAUUGAAAAAUGACCUAGUCUUUCCUACUAAGACGUUCGACGAAAUCUUAAAGUUUCUACAAAAGAAUUUAACAGAGACGGAAAAUUACAUUUUGAUAACCGUCCAAAAGAUGGCUUUAAGAUUCGUAAGUAUUUUAGAAGAAGUUGUUAAGGAAGAAAAGAAAAAAGGUUCCAUAACGUCCAUAGCGUCUAGUGACUAUGAUGAUCUGUUUAAAGAACUACGUAAAAAUGUUGUGCACAAGUUCAGUGACCUCUGUCUACAACACCUUAAGGAGGACAUAACUAAAUAUUUUCCAUCAAUUUAUCUUCUUUUCUUAAAAGCUCUUAAUCGAAUAUUAAGAUACUACAAAUAUAGUGAAAUGGAAAAAUUAGAAACCUUAAAAGAUUUUCUUUCUGACAAGGAAUUCGUUGAAGGCCAUAUAGUCGUCCUGCAAUCUCUACCAGAUUAUUUGAAUGAUGACGAACAAGCAUUUAAAGAGACAAUUCUUCAAACCAUUAAAGAUAAUCCCAAUAAGGAAAUACAAAUGCACUACUGGCUUCAUACAAAUUAG